AUGUGGCAGCUGCGACCCCUCCUGCUGCUGCUCUCGGGGGCCCUGGACCUGACCCAGACCCGGGCGGGCCCCCACUCCCUGCGGUAUUUCCACACCGCCGUGUCCCGGCCCGGCGGGGAGCCCCGCUUCAUCCAAGUCGGCUACGUGGACGACACGCAGUUCGUGCGCUUCGACAGCGACUCGGCGAGUCCGAGGAUGGAGCCGCGGGCGCCGUGGGUGGAGCAGGAGGGACCCGAGUACUGGGAGCGGGAGACGCGGAACGCCAAGGGCUCCGCACAGACUUACCGAGUGGGCUUGAACACCCUGCGCGGCUACUACAACCAGAGCGAGGCGGACUCUCACACCCUCCAGGAGAUGUACGGCUGCAACGUGGGGUCCGACGGGCGCCUCCUGCGCGGGUACAGUCAAGACGCCUACGACGGCGCCGACUACCUCGCCCUGAACGAGGACCUGCGCUCCUGGACGGCGGCGGCGGGCACGCAGGCUUGGAGAACCCAGCGCAAGUGGGAGCAGGAGGGUGGGGCUGAGUAUGAGAGGAACUACCUGGAGAACCUCUGCGUGCCUUGGCUCCUCAGAUACUUGGAGCACGGGAAGGACACGCUGCUGCGCGCAGAAGCCCCCAGAAGCCACAUCACCCACCACCCCUUCUCUGACCAGGAGGUCACCCUGAGGUGCUGGGCCCUGGGCUUCUACCCUGCCGAGAUCACCCUGACCUGGCAGCGUGAUGGGGAGGACCUGACCCAGGACACAGAGCUGGUGGAGACUAGGCCGUCAGGGGAUGGAACUUUCCAGAAGUGGGCGGCUGUGCUGGUGCCUUCUGGAGAGGAGCAGAGAUACACGUGCCGUGUGCAGCACCAGGGGCUGCCGGAGCCUGUCACCCUGAGAUGGGAGCCCCCUUCUCAGCCCACCAUCCUCACUGUGGGCAUCAUUGUCGGCCUGGCUGUCCUCGGGGCUGUGGUCACUGGAGCUGUGGUGGCAGCUGUGAUCAGCAGGAGGAAGCGCUCAGGUGGGAAAGAAGGACAGUACACUCAGUCUGCAAACAGCGACAGUGCCAAGGGCUCUGAUGAGUCUCUCUCAAACCCUAGAGUGUGAGUUAGCUGCCCUGCUGGGUUCAUCACAUCCCAAUGUUCACCCAAAUUCACCUCUCCAGCACAAGUUUCCUGGUAGAAAUGCCAUGGCCUGGGCUGGAGCAGUAGCACAGCGGGGAGGGCGUUUGCCUUGCAAACGGCCCACCCAGAACCGAUUCCCAGCAUCCCAUAUGGUCCCCUGAGCACCACCAGGGGUGAUUCCUGAAUCCAAAGCCAGGAACAACCUCUUUGCAUCGCUUGGUGUGACCCAAAAAGGCAAAAAUAAGAAAGAAAUGCCACGGCCUAGAGCUGUUGGUCUCACAUGCUGUGGAAACCUGGAAACCCAAGAACCAGAGCCCAGGGUUGAAGCCUCCAGGCUCCAAGGACUUACAUCCCUUCUCUGGGUCUUUUCAUUCUCCCUCAGUGUUAGGGGGCUUAUUCUAGAUGGAAAAUAUCUUUUCUCCUGGAGGGUAUGAUGCCGCCAACCUGUACCUGUGGGGCAAGUGCCUCAGCAGCCUGAUGGUGUCCUCAGGCUUCCUGACACCCUAAAAUUGCCACUGUGCCUUUGGCAGAACCCCAACAACUUGGGACCAAGUUUACCAAGAAAUUAAACAGCCAAAAUUUAGGUAUGUGGGAGCAAUGCCCAUAAACCCCUUCACACUCAGCUAUAUAAGCUCAUUUAUUGGCCUUAUCUCAGAGACCCAGGAGAAAUCUCAAAAGAGACCAAAAUCCGCAAUUAAUCUCAGACCCAUGCAUCACUGAACCAACUGGUGGAAAUCAGAGGGGACAGGUUGGCCUGUGCCUGCCCAAGCAGAACCCCCAGCAGUCACUUGCUUCCACAACCCAAAAUCGCUGCCAUAUCCCCAGGCUGACUCCACUGUCUCAGGACGGACCUCACCAAGAUAUAAUCUGAAAAUUCGGGUAUGCGGUUUUUGUGACUAAAAUCUCCAGGCUUUCACGGAGUUGGUUUGGGCUACCUCUCCCCACUUCCAAAUACACGUGGAAGCACUGGCAGUCACCCCCACAAACCAAUUCCAGCCCACCCUGUAAACUCUAUUACUGGCCUUGCUUCAGAGACCCAGGAAUACAUCUCCAAAGACUUUAAAAGCCAGAGAUGCAUUUGAAUUGCUUCAUGAGCAGAGGGGAGAAGGGAGAAGGAAUAGAGAAGGGAUCACUAAGAAAAUGAUGGCUGGAGGAACCAGUUGGGAUGGGAGAUGUAUGCCGAAAGUAGAUAAUGGACCAAACAUGAUGACCUCUCACUGUCUGUGUUGCAAGCCAUAAUGCCCAAAAGUUGAGAGAGGUUAUGGAGA